CUCUCUAAGUUUCUCCUCUCUCUCUCUCUCUCUGACCUCUAAAGGAACUGAAGGCCCUCUGAGGAAACAAGCAGUAUGUCACAGGAUGUCUGAGACCUCCUUCACGAUUCCCAGCAGAAGAGCUGAGGAGAUCCUGGAUGAGAUCCACUCCAAUCUGCUCGAGUGCAAAGUGUGUUUUGAAACAUUUUCAUCCAAACCCAGAGCACGAAGACCACGCAACCUUCCCUGCGGUCAUGUGAUCUGUCUGGGGUGUGUCUGUGCCCUGUCUCAGGCCGCAUCACGCUGCCUCGAGUGUCCUUUCUGCAGGAAGCAAUGCGAUCAAGGUGGCACCUACGAAUGCCAGAUCCUCAUCGACCUUCAGGAAAUGAUUGGUUCGUAUUUCCUGCAGAAAAAGACCCGAGAUUUGGAGAGAGAUCUCGGGUCAGGGGUUAUGCAUUUACACCACACCUUCGGAGGAUGGGGUCCACUCAUCAACCCAACUGGUGUAGCUGUGUUUGGAGCAUCGCAAGAUGUUCUGGUGGCACACGGAGGGCAUGAGAGAGUGACUGUGUACAAUUCUCGUGGUCAGUUCUUGCGCAGUUUUGGCCGCUAUGGUCACGACAACUUCGAAAUCUGCCAUCCUUUAGAUGUUACUGUUUCUCCCGGCGACCAUAUUGUUGUGACGGAUGCAGGAGAUCGCUCAGUCAAGGUCUUUUCGUCGACAGGGAGUCCCGUAGCCACCAUCUCAGACCUGUUUCAGCUUCCUUGGGGUGUUGAUGUGGACCUCUUGUGGAACAUCCGAGUGACCGAUGCUGAAACUGGGACACUUUGGCGGAUUGUCUUGGACUAUGGACGCGGCAUGGUUUUGUCAAAGAAGGAGGUGGUUAAAGAUCUAAAGACUCCACGAGCUGUUGCUUGCUGUAGAGAAUCUGGACUCAUCGUAGUGGUGGAACAUCUCCAGAUUCAAGAAAGUCCUGAGCUGACACAGCUGAAAGUGUUCAGCAGCGAUUAUGUCGUCCUCAAGCAGCUGGACACUUUCAGUUUACGUCCAUUGAGGCUGAGCAUCUCGUCUGUAACCUUCAACAGAAACGGCGACUUAAUCGUAGCUGAUGUGCACCAGGGAAACGUGUGGAGUUUGGGAGAUAUCAGUAAAGAACCAGAGUUAAUUCCACUCGUUCGAGAGGGACUGGUGCAUCCUGUGGGAUUAGUGGCGACUGAUGAGGACACGCUGAUCGUCCUGGAUGCCGGGGAUCACACCGUGAAGGUCUACACAACCGACACUGAGGACUUAUACCGCGAGAAACAAUGAAAAUUCAUACUGUAAUUAUGAUGUCAAACUGUUGGGUUGUGUAUCCAGUAGAACAUUGGCCAUCUCAAAUUAAAAAUAAAAAAUAUGGAGAACAGUUUCAUUUAAAUGAGUGAAAUCAGCAAAUUAAUAAAAGUGAAAUAAAAUCCGGUGACAAAUUAUGAAAA